AUGAUUGAUUACGAUGUGAUAGAUUUCGGGGCUGAUGAAGAUGCAGCAGAAUUGCUUGCAGACAGCUUCACGAUACGUAGUGAUGUAUUUUGCGCGGAGCAGAAUGUCGAGAAAACAGUGGAAUUUGACGGGUUGGAUAUCGGCGAUUGUCGACAUUUUUUGUUGAAAUUGAGAAGCGACGGAAAGACAGUUGCAACGUGCCGGCUUCGACCCAUUGAUCAGUACGCCAAACUUGAACGAGUUGCCGUACAGAAGGUUUUUUUAAACAGCUUCACGAUACGUAGUGAGGUAUUUUGCGCGGAGCAGAAUGUCGAGAAAACAGUGGAAUUUGAUGGGUUGGAUCUCGAAGAUUGUCGACAUUUUGUGUUGAAAUUGAGAAGCAACGGAAAGGCAGUUGCAACGUGCCGGCUUCGACCCAUUGAUCAGUACGCCAAACUUGAACGAGUUGCUGUACAGAAGGAAUGGCGAAAAUGUGGAUUUGGAGAAAGAAUAUGUCAGCAUGCUAUUAAAUUUGCGGAAUCGCGAUAUAGCACAAAAGUACUUGUGACGCAAGCGCAGCUACCCGUUUUAAAAUUUUAUGAAAAUCUUGGGUUUCUGGUGACCAUGUUUUAUCCUCCUCGCCAUGAUCGGAUCUCAACGCUGGAUAUAUGGAAAAAUAACUUCCCCGAACAUGAAUAUAUACCGGGUGAAUGUUUUGAUCCAUCAGUCAUUAAAAGAAUACAGGAAGUGAUCAUUUCCUUGAAAGAGCUGGAGAAAUUUCUUCUUGCAUUGGCCUGGGAAAAGCUGAAUACGGGUCACUACUCGCAAGUUGACGAAGCAUGGAGAAUACUAUAUGCCGCUGUUUCAGCAUGCAAAGCUGUGCGUUUAAAAGGAGAAAAUCACAUAAAGGAGGACAGAAUACUUCGAUUGCUACAUCUACAGCACUUACUGGAUGAGAGGAUCAUUGGUCGAUCACUUGUACGGACAUUCAGAGAAUGCGCUGUAGCAACUCUGGCGUGUAAUUUUACACGAAGCAAGGAACUGGAGGAGUUUCUUCUUGCAUUGGCCUGGGAAAAGCUGAAUACGGGUCACUACUCGCAAGUUGACGAAGCAUGGCGAAUCCUAUAUGCCAGUGUUUCAGCAUGCAAAGCUGUGCGUUUAAAAGAAGAAAAUCACAUAAAGGAAGCUCUACAUGCCUGCGAUAUGGGCCUGAUAAUGGGCCGUGAUAUUGAUGGCUUAUCACUAUCAAAAUAUGCAAACCAAUUGCAUUCCAGUUUGCCGGAGCCUACGGGCCCUCCAUCGAAGCUAGUUGAAGUACCAUGUGCACUGUCAAAUUCAAUUCCUGUGAUUGCUUACGAUUGUCCAUCGCUUGAGAAGAUGCUGCGGCUUAUGAAAGAACAAAAACCGUUCAUAAUAAAAGGAAUUGUCAAUAAAUGGCCAGCGUUUGAGAAAUGGAACAUUUCAUAUAUCAAUGAUGUUGCUGGAUAUCGCACGGUGCCAGUGGAAGUUGGAACUAGCUAUGCCGAUAGUAGCUGUAAACAAAUAUUGAUGUCAGUUCGCGAUUUUAUUGAGAAAUUUAUUGAAAAUGAGAGUUCGGAUGGUCCAGGUUAUUUGGCGCAGCAUCGGUUGUUCGACCAAAUUCCUGAACUGUUGCAAGACAUUGUCGUUCCUGAUUAUUUUGCGUUUGGAGAAGGUGGACUCGAUAAUGUGGAUAUGAAUAUUUGGAUUGGACCAGCUGGAACUGUAUCGCCAUUACACACCGAUCCAAAGAGUAAUAUAUUUUGCCAGGUGUCUGGCAGGAAAUUCCUGCGUCUUGUGCCUGUAACAGAAACGGAAAAAGUUUAUCCUCGUGAAGGAAUUUUAUCGAACACGAGUCAGGUUUGUUUUUUUUUUCCUUUUUUCAACUGAUA